AAGAAAUUGUCUUGUCGUUUGCGGUUCUAAAUAUUAAUUAAUUAUGGAAUUUAUACAAGUAGUAGAAGAGGAGGGUGACGAUCCAAUAGAAUUGCCAGCAGAAGAUGAUAAAACAUUGCUGUUGUCUACAUUGCAGGCUCAGUUUCCAGGUGCAUGUGGCCUCAAAUACAUUAACGAAGAUACUAAAUGCUUUCGUGGAGUGCGCUCCAAUGAGGGUAAAUUCUAUGCGCCAUGCACGGAAACAGGCUGGGGCGCCAAUAUAUACCAUUGUGUUUUUCCCAAGGAAAAUAAACGCAAAAGUGAUGAUCAGCUGGAAAAUUCGACAGCUAAAACAAAACGCAUAGAGUCGAGAGCUCGUUGCACAGACCUAAUUGUAUUAGGACUGCCUUGGAAGACCACGGAUGAAAGUUUACGAGAGUAUUUUGAAACGUUCGGUGAAGUAUUAAUGAUUCAGAUAAAGAAAGAUCUCAAUUCGGGUCAGUCAAAGGGUUUUGGUUUUGUGCGUUUUGGUUCAUACGAUGUACAGAGUAGAGUUUUGUCUAGCAGACAUCUAAUUGACGGACGCUGGUGUGAAGUCAAAAUACCCAAUUCAAAGGGUAUAGUCCAUCAGGUACCUAGUAAGGUAUUUGUGGGACGUUGCACCGAAGAUAUUAAUGCGGAUGAUUUGAGGGAGUAUUUCUCAAAGUUUGGUGAAGUUACAGAUGUCUUUAUACCUAGACCAUUUCGUGCAUUUAGUUUUGUAACAUUUUUGGAUCCCGAAGUUGCGCAGUCACUGUGCGGUGAAGAUCAUAUUAUUCAAGGUGUUUCUGUGCAUGUAUCAAAUGCAUCUCCAAAGUCGGAACAAAUGCGCAACUCGAUGCAAAAUUUUCAGGGAGUUAGUGGUCGGAAUGUUACUGCAUCAAAUUCUUUAAUGGGUUCACAUCAGGAUUCAAUGAAUUAUGUUGAAGAUCGCGCCGGCGGAGUAGGUGGUGAUCAUCAGAGAAAUCCUUUUCGUAAUGCUGGACGUGGCGAAAAUAACGGCAUGAAUCAAAACGCUAUUAUGGGCAUGAGAGGUUUCGGCAUGAACACAAACAAUUACAGUGCUGGAGCCAACAAUACAUUUGUUAAUCCUAUGGGCAGUAAUAUGGGCAUGGGCAACAGCUCAGUUGGUCCUCCCAUGAAUCGUUCCGACAACAUGUCCGGACCCUACCCAAGAGGUAACCGUGGUAAUUAUGCAAAUAAUAAUCUUGUGAGCUCCCAUGGCCAUCAUGGCGGCAACAACAACGGCUGGAAUAACAAUAAUAACAAUCGAAAUUUAGAUAUGCCAAAUUUGCAGACAUUGGGAAUUAAUUCACAGGGCCCUAAUCAAUCGCCAGCUUCUCAAAACUUUAAUAAUUCGUUGGGCAUGGGACUGAACCUUAAUUCAUUGCCAAUGAAUCCAGCCAUUGUAGCAGCAGCACUUAAUCAAUGGAGUAUGUUGGGUAAUCAAUUACAAAAUCAACAUCAAGAUCAGACUGGCAAUUUUCUGUCGUGGAUGGGCAACAGCAAUAACAUGCAUGGCAAUAGCAUGCAUAGCAAUCACCCUAACAACAAAGUGACUAACAAUGGCAAUAGGUCACCCUCAGCGAAUCAACCGGCCGGUUCACCUCGCAAUGAAGCUUCACAUAAUGGCAAUGCGCCGAAUGUCUCUGCUAAAAACAACGGUUGGACCCGAACCAACCACUCUUUACCCGAAAAUUCCAGUUCAAUGUAAACAAUCUCUCAUCAUUACUCUUUUCGCUUAUUACCAAACAUUCCGGGUACCGAAUUAAAGCAUUCGUGAUCGAAUGAGCUAUCGUAUCAAAAUUAUAAUCAAAUGUAUUGUUUCUUGCUCGAUAUCGAAAUAAGUGAUAAUUCGGCCCCUGAUGUUGGUGAAAAAUUACCUCUAUUGGAGAAUGAUGGUCGAGAGCAGCAUGUAGACAAACACUCUCAUCUCCAUACUGGAAAUAAGUUGGGAUGCCAUGCGUUCGAGUGGAAUGAAUAACCUUAAUCAUGAACAUGUAGUGUUUAGUUCUAUUAUUAUAAGUAUAUAAGUGAAAACAACAACCAUUAUUUAAAAAAAUGUAUCUUUAAAAUAUUUUUAAAGUAAAAUGACCCGAUUAUCCACAAAUA